ACAUGGCCAACUACUACGAGGUGCUGGGUGUGCAGGCGAGCGCCUCCCCCGAGGACAUCAAGAAGGCCUACCGCAAGCUGGCCUUGCGCUGGCACCCCGACAAGAACCCCGACAAUAAGGAAGAGGCUGAGAAGAAGUUUAAGCAGGUGUCCGAGGCCUACGAGGUGCUGUCCGACUCCAAGAAGCGCUCUGUGUACGACCGCGCGGGCUGUGACAGCUGGCGGGCUGGCGGCGGCGGGGCCGGCACCCCUUAUAGCAGCCCCUUCGACACGGGCUACACCUUCCGCAACCCCGAGGACAUCUUCCGCGAGUUCUUCGGCGGCCUGGAUCCCUUCUCCUUUGACUUCUGGGAUAACCCGUUCAGCAGCGAGCGCGGUGGCCGUGGCCAUGGCCUGCGAGGGGCCUUCUCGGCUGGCUUCGGUGAGUUCCCUGCCUUCAUGGAGGCCUUCUCGUCCUUCGACGCCCUGGGCCGCGGUGGGGGCAGCCGUACCACCUUCUCUUCCACCUCCUUCGGCGGCUCCGGCUCAGGGGGCUCGGGCUUCAAGUCGGUCAUGUCGUCCACGGAGAUGAUCAACGGCCACAAGGUCACCACCAAGCGCAUUGUGGAGAAUGGACAGGAGCGUGUGGAGGUGGAGGAAGACGGGCAGCUCAGGUCGGUCACCGUCAACGGCAAGGAGCAGCUCAAACGUGUGGAUGGCAAGUGAGUGCCGGCUGCCCCCCGGCCAGC